UAGGCGAAGAAAAAAAAACGGUAUCUUUCAGAACGGAGCUAUGUUCUUCAGAGAUGUCAUUUACAACGCUUUGUAGGAGCCUUCAGAGAAGCCAUCUCCAAUUCUUGUUACCACUUGUUUUGCUCCAACCACACUCAACCUCUGCUUCUCUUCUUUCACAACCUUCUCAUUAUCGUCUCUUUCAAGCAUUUCAUCAAACACUUUCCAGUCCUCAAAACUCUCCUCUGCAAACCCUCCGUUUCUCCACUCUCCAACAACAUUCAUCCCAAAUUAUCGGCGACCCAUUUGCGUUCGACCCGGAAAGAUUUCAGAAUGAGCUCCAAGACCCUGGUCUUCUCCAGUUUCUUAAACUACUCGAACAGGUUGCACCGCUUCCCACAGAAGCAGAAGCCAUGGCUUCACUUGACGAAUCGGGUAUCGAGUACAGUGGAGAUAUGAUUCGUUCGGCAAUCUGGGCACUGAGGAAAGAGUGUAGACUGGCCCUUUUGGCUUUCGAAUGGGGUGACAGAUGGGGUUGUUGUGAUGAAGAAGCUUGGAAUUUGAUGAUAUGGAUAUUGGGUAAUCAUAGAAAGUUUAACACUGCUUGGUGUUUAAUUAGAGACCUGCAUCGGUCUUCAAUCGAUACGCGGCGUGCAAUGCUUAUUAUGAUUGAUAGGUAUGCAUUUGCAAAUGAUCCACACAAGGCCAUAUGGACAUUUCAUAUCAUGGAGAAGUUUGGAUUGAGUCCUGAUCAAGAAGCAUUCUAUAUGGCCCUGAAUGCUCUUUGCAAACAUGAAUUCAUUGAAGAGGCUGAAGAAUUUAUGCAUGCAAACAAAAAACUCUUUCCUCUACAGACCGAGGGCUUUAACAUUAUUCUUAAUGGAUGGUGUAAUGUAUCAGUUGAUGUAUUUGAGGCCAAGCGAAUUUGGAGAGAAAUGUCCAAAUUCUGUCUUACACCGGAUGCAAUUUCUUAUACCCACAUGAUUGCCUGUUUCUCAAAGGUUGGGAAUCUUUUCGACUCGCUUAGACUGUAUGAUGAAAUGAAGAAAAAUGGUUGGUCUCCAAGUGUCAAGGUUUACAAUUCUUUGGUGUUUGUAUUAACUCAAGAAAAUUGCUUAAAGGAAGCUCUCAAGUUGCUAGAGAAGAUGACAGAGCUGGGUUUGCAGCCAGACCCCACCACCUAUAACUCAAUAAUACGUCCUUUAUGUAAAGCAAAAAGGCUAGAGAAGGCGCAAAUUAUGUUAGCCACUAUGAUAGGAGAGAACAUUAGUCCAACCAUAGACACCUAUCAUGCAUUUCUUGAGAGUGGAGAGUUUGUUGAAAUUCUUGGAAUUCUUAGUCGGAUGAGGAAAGCUAAGUUAAGCCCUAAUAACGAAACCUUUCUUAUGGUUCUUGAAAAGUUCUUCAAGUUGGAGCAACCCGAGAAUGCAUUAAAGAUUUGGGAAGAAAUGAAGAAUUAUGAAGUUGUGCCAGAUUCUACACAUUACACAGUUAUGGUACAAGGACUGGCAAAAUGUGGGUUGUUAAUCAAGGGUAGAGAAUUUUUGGCUGCAAUGAAAUCGCAAGGGUUUUUGGUGGAUCCAAAGCUCGAGAGGCUGUUGAAGGAACCGGUGAGUGAAAGUUAGUGACCAAACAAACGGCAGUUUACACAGUUAGAGAGGUAAAUGAUAUGUGGAGAUUAACAACAAACAAUCAAGAAAGAAGAAAAUAUUUUAAGAGACGUUCACCGCCCAUGUGGCGACUUGGCAUGUACUCAGAAGAAACUGCUAAGUAGUUUCUUAUUGAAAUAUUGGGAAACUACUGUCUUGUUUGGCUACUUAACUAAAUACUGUCAUUUAUUUUUAAAAGUUAAAAAUUAUAUUUUGAAAAUGAAUUAGAGUGUGCGGGCCUUUUGAGAAUAAAAAAAGUUGAGAAUAAAAAAAGUGGUUGUUAUCAAAUAUUUUUUG